CCCGGGAGGGCGGGGCACCCCGGGAGCCUUAAAGGGCUCUCCAGAUCCCCACCCUGCCUCGGCCACCACAGCUCCUCGCCAUGGCAGAGACGGCUAAGCUCCAGCUGUUUGUUAAGGCAAGCGAGGAUGGUGAGAGCGUGGGACACUGCCCUUCCUGUCAGCGGCUCUUCAUGGUCCUGCUCCUCAAGGGCGUGCCCUUCACCCUCACCACCGUGGACAUCCGCAGGUCCCCGGAUGUGCUUAAGGACUUCGCUCCCGGCUCGCAGCUGCCCAUCCUUCUCCACGAUGGCGACACCAAAACAGAUACACUGCAGAUCGAGGAGUUCCUGGAGGAGACGCUGGGGCCCCCCGAAUUCCCCAGCCUGGCGCCCCGCUACCGGGAGUCCGCCACGGCGGGCAACGACGUCUUUCACAGGUUCUCCGCGUUCAUCAAGAACCCAGUGCCCACGCAGGACGAUGCCCUGUACCAGCUGCUGCUGCGCGCCCUCACCAGGCUGGACAGCUACCUGCGCGCGCCGCUGGAGCACGAGCUGGUGCGGGAACCGCAGCUUGGCGAGUCGCGCCGCCGCUUCCUGGACGGCGACCAGCUCACGCUGGCUGACUGUAGGCUGCUGCCCAAGUUGCACAUCGUGGACACGGUGUGCGCGCACUUCCGCGGGGCGCCCAUACCCGCCGAGCUGCGCGGCGUCCGCCGCUACCUGGACAGCGCGCUGCAGGUGAAGGAGUUCAAGUACACGUGUCCACACAGCGCGGAGAUCCUAGCGGCUUACCGGACGGCGGUGCGCCCCCGCUAGCCGCCGCCCGCUCUACCGCCACCCCCUGCCCCCUCUUCUACAGCCCCAUAAACGCAUCUCUGCCCCAGCAAGCAUGCCCUGACAUCCGAGGGACCAGAGGGCCCUUGACUUCUGCCACCCCCAAAACCCCCACCAUGGAACACUCCGUCCCCAGGACAGCCUGGAAUGAUGGGCAGAGAACCCAGUGGGUGGCUCUGCUCCACUAACCCUGUCGGGGGUGGGGUGGGGACUAGAUUGGGCUCCCAAACCAGUCAGGCCAGGGUGGGGCUGCAGGAUGGCCAAGGAGGGUGGGGACCAGAGCCCAGACUGGGCACCUAGAGGCUCAGGUCGGUGGGUGGGGCCGGCCCACAUUCCUCAGCCCAGCCCCAGGCGGCAGGCCACCACCCUCCAGCUUCCACAUGACCUGUGGUGUGGGACACUGGUGGCUGUGCCUGUUAGGUGAGGUCUGGAAGAGUGAAGUGUGUGGGGUGGAGGGGCCGGCAACAGAGUUCCAACCUUGAGGAGCCCUGACCUGCCUUCCAGUCCCUCUCCGCUCCGCCGUGAACCGGGCAGGGGCAGCUGGGUGAGCCUGUAGAGAGUGGUGCUCCCCCCACCCCCACCCCCGAGGCGGUGCGGAAGCUGGCCCAUCUGCUUACACACUGCGGCCCGAGCCAGAUCACAGGCCCAGGGAGACCCCUGAUCCCUCUCCCCCGGCCAGACCCCAGGAGCCAGAGCAUGGCCGUUUCCUCCACCUGAGGAAGCCAUUUAUUUAAUGGGGAAGGGGUCCAAGAAGCAGGUUUGUUCCCCUCUGGCAGCAGGACGGGCUGUGGGGUCUCAGGCGCUGUCCCCACCGCAUGAGCAGACUCCUGGCAGGGUCACACUUGGUGCUGCGCCUUCAGGGGCUGUCAAAGUCUACACCGCUGGCUGGUUUCUUACUGGGAGAGAAGAGGAAGAGACACUAUGGUUUUACGGAGGGAAGGGCAGGGGUCCAGGGCUGGGCCAGGGGCACAGGAGGGAGGGGCAGGGGGUGAGUACCUCUUGAAGCCAGGGUUGAUGAGGGACUCUCCUGGACACCGCCUCCUGACCCCAAGUCCAGGGCCACCUCUCUGAGGGUCCGGGUCUGAGGGCAACGGGACGGGACGGGGCUUCCUGAGUCGGUAGAAUUCCAGAGCCACAGCCCCCUCUCCGUGCACAUGCUGUCUUUGGGGCCCGACUCUUGUUCUGGGGAAGGGGAGUCACAGAGGGAGGAGGAGCACAGCCCCCACCGAAGUCCCAGGUGACAGGCCUUACCUGGUAAGAAGAACUGAGGCCCUGCCAGACAAGGGCUCUUUUUGGGGCUGGUGGCUGUCACCUGCAGGCCUGGGGAAGAAAGCCAGGAAUGGAGGCACGAGCAGGGGGACCCUAGUGAAGAUUCGGGGUACCUGCUCCCCACCCCACCUGCCAGCUGCCUCUUCAAGUUGCACACUUGCUCUGCCAGACCCAGUGUCAGUGCCUGCAACCUGGAGGCUGCCUCUGGGCCCGGCACCUUGGAGAGCUCAAAAUCCAGGGCCCAGGGCCCCCCGGAAAGGGUUAGGGAUGCUCCAUCCUCCCGCAGGGCGAAAGUCACAGCUUGCUGCUCACAGGCUGCCCUAGGAAAGGAGGUGUGCUGAGUGCGGUGUCCAGACCCCCAGCUCCACACCCACCCUUCCUUCCCCGCUCAGCGACUCACCUGAACCGGGGGGUGAUCUCCUCAGCCGCACUCAGGCCCAAACGGGCUUUCUGCAGGGCACAGGGGCUGGUCACCAGCUGCCCAAGACUCUGGAGCCACCCCAAAGCUGCCUGACGGAGGGCCACCCAGGACCCCGGGCCAAUCUUAGGGCUACAGUUACAAAGCUGGGGGAAGGGUGUCCAGACCCCCCCCCCCAACCCACCCCUACCGCGGGAUCCCAGACCGCCCCCUGCGAUCCCAGAGGUGGUCCGCACUGCAGGUACGGAGUGCCGGGGGCUUCCAGGCCUGCCCGGGAGCCCCGAUACCCACGAGGGCCUCCAGGCUGUCCGCCGUGAAGCAGGUGCUCCAGAGUUCCGCGGCGUCCGUCACACUGUGGGGGGAGGGGCUGUCAGGCGGAACGGCCCGCAGAACUGUCGGCGCCCCCAGAGACCCGCGCUCCUCGCCAGCCACUUACUAGAGGUUGAAGCCGCCGCGGCCUCCGUCCUCGCUUCCCUCCCCCUCGCAAUAGCACACGAAGCGCGGGGGCCCGGGCCCCGGCGGCAGCGUGCAGAGAGGCGGCGACAGAGGCGGCGGCGGCACCAUAGCACCGCGGCCACGGCAGGGACACCACCCGGGAGGCUGCGGGCCCCAGGGCGCCUGCGCGGGAGGACGGCUCCGGAGCCGGGGGCGGGGCUUAGGUCCCGCCCCGAAGACCCAGGCCCUUCGCGCCGGCGGCGGGGCCUGGGGGCGGGCUGGAGGGGCGGGGCUCGGUCUCCGGAGGGCGGGGUCCCCCGGGCGGGCCUGUUCCGGGUGCGGUUCCCGCGUCCGCGCGGAGGCCUGCGCGCCUUCCGCGCGCGGAGUCCGGGGUUCCCUCCCCCGCCGCUUCGCCCCCUGCUGGUCCCAGCGGCCUCGUCCUGCCUUCCGCACCUGCUGUCGCUCUUCCCGAGAUACUAUCUCACGUGGUCUUUAGACGCGCAAACUUUCCUAACGCCGAACCGCGGCAGGUCGGAAUACGACCGUGAAUAAAGUGUGGCGGCCAGCGCA